CAGCAGCAAUUCAAACAGCUGCAACAAUUUUUUCCUGCUGUUGUUGUUGGACUUUGCUUUUAAUUUCUUUGGGUCGUCGUCACAUCCCCUAAUGCCACCGCGCCGCCCUGCCACUCCGCUAUGCUAUCUCUGGUUCCUGUGGCACUUGGGGUUGGAGUUGCCCCUUGCCAGUCGCCAGUUGCCAGUUGGUUGUCGGGGUGCAUUCGGAUCGGAGCAGUUGUCAGUCGUUGCGAUCGCCAGCUAAACGAAGGUUGUGCCGCGGACAGUCGAAUCCCUUCCCAACCCAUCCCAGAUCGAAGCCAGAGUAUCUAUCUAACCCUUCGCCAGCCAUGUCGGGCAAGCUGAUCAUGAAGCGCAAGCGUGCGGAUCAGCACAGCAGAAGAGAGCACGAGCAGCAGCCGGAGGAGCGCCUACAACAGCAACAGCAGCAGCAUCCACAACAUCAGGAAGAGGCAGAAGAGCAAGGAGGACCGGAGAAGCGCCACCGACCAUUGACCCCACCUGCCGAGCAGCCAGCAGAGGGAUCCGAGGAAGAUUCCCCCAACAGAAUUCUGCUCGAGGCCCUGCAGAAGAUCAUGGAGCUGCAGUCGGAGCUGGAUGCCUUCGAGCAGGACCUGGACGAGCGCGAUGGCUACCAAGCGGCGGUGGCUGACGAGGAGGAGGAUGACCAGGAAGCAGAGAGCUUAGACGAUGACAACCUGGACGCUGAGGUGGCUGCCCAAUUCGCACCACCCACUCCUGGCCAGCGCAGCCAGGCCGAAGCCCUUGGUUUCGCCAUGUGCGCCCGAGAGACUCUCCUCUUCCUGCAGAGCGAGGGCAUCCCCACCGAGUCGCCGCUGUACCAGACGCUCCUCGGAAAGCUAGUCGGCCAGAGCGAUGGCCUUCUGCACGCCUAACCGAGAGAACCGGGCCUCCGCACCUCAUUCUAGUCACUUUGCUGCGAUCUCACUGCAAAUAAAACGAGAGGGAACCUAGGGGAUGAUCACUCCCGAGCUGCGGGGUGUGUCACCCUGGGAUCCGCAUAAUCCUAAGCUGUUUACUCUAGUCAAUUAUUGUGAAGCAAUAUAAAAAUGAGCGAAAAACAACAAAUAAACCACUAUAUUUAUAUAAAUUAUGAUAGAAAAA